AUGUCGGAAACGAAGGAAUUCACCUACUCGGACGUCUCGGAGCAUACGUCCAAGAAGGACGUGUAUAUGGUGAUUCACGACAAGGUCUACAAUACCAGCAGUUUCGUGGAUGAGCAUCCAGGUGGCGAAGAAGUCCUCCUCGACGUCGGCGGCCAAGAUGCCACCGAGGCCUUUGAAGACGUCGGCCACAGCGACGAGGCGCGUGAGAUCCUCGAGGGUCUGCUGAUUGGGAAUCUCAAGCGAGAGGCAGGCGACCCGGCCCCGAAAACCUCCACAACGAGCUCCUCCGCCCCGAAAUCCUCCACCGAUGCCGCAGGAUUAGGCAUCGGCGUCUAUGCGAUCGUCCUUGUGGGAGCCGCGUUGGCCUUCUUCGCCUAUCAGUAUUUGCAGAGUAACCAGCAAAAGUCUUAG